AUGAAGCUCCACAUCACUCUAGUCAUCUUCUUCAUGAUGACGAAUUCAGUACAGUGUCUGCACAGAGAUUCCUAUGCGGAAUUCGAAGCGAACGCCUCCAUGUUUCCAACAAAUUCCGACGGAUUGCCGCCUAGCACCCCUCUUGAAACAAAGCAAGAAAAUCGCUCCUAUAAUAACUACCGCAUUGGACUCGAUGUCGCUGGACCAAAAGAAGACACCCACAAGACAGUUCGUAUCCCAAUAACUGCCAGAUCAAGUCCUGGCAAAGUCUACUAUGAUGAGUUCGAUAAUGAGACGUCGCAAAAAAACAAAUACGCCAUCUUCAUCAUUGGUUUCAUAGUAUUUAUGCUAAUUCUCUUCGUCAUUCUCAGCAACAUCAACAGCAGUAGCUUCCGUCUUGCAACUACCGAGAAACACCGUCACAUUGAUAUGGUGGUGGACACGGGACUAGAGUCAAUUGUUGUCUUGGAUAUCCCAAACAACGAAAUCAACACUUCAAGGGCAUUCUUCAUUCCUGGCUUCAGAAACCAACUCAGUGUUGUCCGUGAAGAUUCUCAAGAAAUUGACUUCUAA